AUGCCACGCGUGUCAGUUCUUUGGUCCAAUCACAGCUCUUCUCUCAGGCUUUUCCACGUUGCAAUAUAUUCAAGGUGGGAGCCUGUCAGAAUCGAACAUAGAUAUUCGACAGUUACAAACUGCUCUUAAAAGUAGCAUCUUUUUAGUCUGCAAAACAGGCUUUUGUAAAUUACGUAAUCUGUCAAAAGUUUUAACACUGUCACUGCAAUGUCCUCGAAGCAUUCCUCAAUUGGAGUUCCUAAAUGGGAAUAUCGCGUCCGCUUCGUCCUGUGUUUUCUGGGGUUGGUUCUGUCUGUUUACGCUCUUCAUGUCGAACUGUCCCGGGAGAACGAUCCCGAAUAUCGCGCGAUGUGCGACCUGGGCCAUUCCGUGAGCUGCUCGAAAGUCUUCACAUCCAGAUGGGGACGUGGAUUUGGGCUUGUCCAGAUCUUUACUUCCAAAGACAGCGUGUUAAACCAGCCGAACAGUAUAUUGGGAAUCAUUUUCUAUACUUUACAACUGGGUUUAGGUCAGCUGGUGUCCAGCAGAGCAGUGUUCUUCCUUGUCAUGUCUUCUUGGGUGUCAGUGGCCGGAUCUGUGUAUCUGGCUGCUAUUCUGGCAUUCGUCUUGGGUGAUUUCUGCGUGGUCUGUGUCUCAACCUACAUCAUAAACUUUGCACUCCUCUACACAAACCUAAAGAGAAGGACAGGACUGGAGGGACGUCUCAAGAAAGGGAAGAGCAAAUGAAACUGUUUUUUUUUUGAAGAUAUCAGGGAUUAAGCUGCCUCUAAUGUCUGGGGAAAAAGGGAGGUAUAUGCAUAAAAUACAACAAAUAAAAAGAAAAAUAAUAUCAAUAAUCUGGUAAUCUUCACAUGUCCAUGGAGACAAAUAGGGGAGGAAGCCUAAGUUUUAUUAUUUAUAAUCUACAAUUUCAGAAUGAUGAAAGACAUGUUAAGUGUAUGAUGCUUAUGACCAUGUGUUUUGCAUUUAGGUUAGAUUGUUAUGUGUACAGGUAGCCUAAUUGUGAAAAUGAUCUCUGAUAAAAUUGUGAUUAAAGCUUUAUGUGAUGAAUAAAGACU